CCAGGCCGAGAGUGGGCGUGGCCGACGUGGAUGGGCUGCAGCCGACCGGGUCGGACCCGGGAGCCCGGCGCGCUUCCGGGUGUCACCUCCAGAGGGCGCCGGCCGCGGAGCCGCCCGCACAGUCUCUAGGCCGGACAGAGCGCGGUGCCGCCCCACUUGCCCCAGCCUCCGCCAUGAAGGCCGUGGUACAGCGCGUCACCCGGGCCAGCGUCACAGUUGGAGGAGAGCAGAUCAGUGCCAUUGGACGGGGCAUCUGUGUGUUGCUGGGUAUUUCUCUGGAAGACACGCAGAAGGAACUGGAGCACAUGGUCCGAAAGAUUUUAAACCUGCGUGUGUUUGAGGAUGAGAGUGGGAAGCACUGGUCGAAGAGUGUGAUGGACAAGCAGUACGAGGUGCUGUGUGUCAGCCAGUUUACCCUCCAGUGUGUGCUCAAGGGGCACAAGCCCGACUUCCACCUGGCGAUGCCCACGGAGCAGGCAGAGGGCUUCUACAACAGCUUCCUGGAGCAGCUGCGCAAGAUGUACAGGCCAGAGCUCAUCAAAGAUGGCAAGUUUGGUGCCUACAUGCAAGUGCACAUUCAGAACGAUGGGCCUGUGACCAUAGAACUGGAAUCCCCAGCUCCUGGUGCUGCUACCUCUGACCCAAAGCAGCUGUCAAAGCUUGAAAAACAGCAGCAAAGGAAAGAAAAGACCAGAGCCAAGGGUCCUUCUGAAUCAAGCAAAGAAAGAAACACUCCCCGAAAAGAAGACCGUAGUGCCAGCAGCGGGGCUGAGGGCGACGUGUCCUCUGAACGGGAACCAUAGGCUCGGGAGACGGAAUUCAGUGCACUAUCAUUGGACAGAACUGGAUCCUGAAAAAUUCGAGAUGCUAAGCACCUACACUGCUUUAAGAAUUUGGGACUGAAACAUGAAAAGGAAGACAGAUAUAAGAAAUGGAGAACGCAAACAGCCCUGCAAAAGACACCAAAGGACGGCUUUGUCGUUCUCUGUUGUUGCCGUGGUCUGAUGGCAGUGGGUGCUGCCGGCACCGGGCGCCUGUGGUGGGCGUGUUCGCUCACGCUCCCCACAGGAAGGCUUUCUUGGCUCCCUCUGUGUCUUGGCUUGCUUUUGGAACAGACUGGCCCAACAUCAUUUGUCACCAAGUCCACUGUGGUGUAUUCUGCGUGUCCAUGGUGGGUCUCUAACACACUCAUGCUGUCCCUGUUCUUUCUAACCCUGGUUCAUAAGCCAGGCCUGUGUUAAGGUAUAAAGAGAACAAUCAUCAAUGAUAAUGUGUUGUGUGAGACCUUUGCAUCUUGUAAAUUUUCUCUUUUUUCUAAAAAUGAAUAAUAAUAAAGCUCUAGAUCUCAACAAACCACUUUA